AUGCCUGGCUCAACAAAUUCUUCCACAAAUUCGGGUGCUUCCACUCCUGAACUACUCUCUUUUGAUAAUGAAGACAGUGCUCUCAGCACUCCUUUAACAGAAAAAUCCUUAUUAUUCGACGUCAACGAUAUCGAUUUUGCAGUUAGAAAUGCAGUUAGAGAUGCAGUUAACGAUCAAUGGAUAUUGGUCGUCGGUGGUUUAGGGUUCAUUGGUAGUCACACAGUCUGGGAACUAGCCAAAGCUGGAUACAAUGUGGCUAUCAUCGACAAUCUCAGCAAUUCGUUUUUAACUGUCUUCGAAAAACUUCAGUUGAUGGUCGAUCAACAUUACAGUGCUCAGCGCAAAAAUGGACACCGACCACUACUCAAAUUUCACGAUGCGGACUUCAGGGACAUGAACAAAAUGACAACGAUACUGGAACAAUAUGACUAUCCAGGCGUAAUGAGCUUCGAUUCGAGUUCGGUCACUCUUUGCAAUGGUCAAAGAUCAAGUAUCUCCGGCGUCAUUCACUUCGCCGCAUACAAGGCCGUCGAAGAAAGUAUACAACAACCCCUCAAAUAUUAUUCAAACAAUGUUGGCGGCCUGGUCGAUUUCUGCGCUCUGCUGGAGCAAUUUGGGAUCAAGAAAAUGGUGUUCAGUUCUUCCGCAACGGUUUAUGGGACAGUUGCGGAUUCUGGGGUGCCACUUCGCGAAGAAUACGUGGUGGGGUCAGGAUGCUCGGGUCUCACAAACCCCUACGGACGCACGAAAUGGAUGUGCGAAGCAAUCCUGAGCGAUCUCGCCAAUUCCGAUCCCGAUUGGGAGAUCACUGCACUGCGUUACUUCAACCCGAUCGGAUGCGAUGAAUCAGGCUUGCUGGGCGAAGACCCUCGGGCUGCCGCGACGAAUUUGAUGCCUGUUGUCUUACGGGUGCUCACGGGGGCUCUGCCUGCGCUGAACGUGUAUGGUAGUGAUUAUGACACUCACGAUGGUACAGCCGUGAGAGAUUAUAUCCACGUUACCGAUCUUGCGCGUGGUCAUUUGGCAGCUAUCAGCAAUCGACCAAGUGGUGGCUUCAAGGUCUAUAACCUUGGUACUGGUCAAGGAUACUCGGUCCUGGAUGUGGUGAACGCAAUGGAGAAGGCCACUCAGACAAAGAUCCCUACCAAUAUCGUUGGUAGGAGAGGAGGAGACGUUGGCAAGUGUGUAGCACUAGCGAACAAAGCAGAGGAAGAGUUAAUGUGGAAGACGGAGAAAAGUUUAGAUGAUUGCUGUAAUGACCUGUGGCGAUUCUUAGAAGGAACCUCAACCACCAAAGGACAAGUGUGUUGA